AUGCAAUAUUUUAUAUAUUGUAUUAUAUUAAUUAUAUUACAAUUGAUAUCUAUUAAAUGUAUUCUUUUUCCACAAAAAAAUCAAGUAAGAUCUUAUGAUUUAUUAGAUGGUUUAUGGACAUUUGUUAAAGAACCUAAAAAUUCUAUAGGUUAUGGAUUUAUUAAUAAAUGGUAUAAAUUAAAUUUAAAAUUAUUUAGUAAUAGUAGUGUUAUGCCAGUACCUUCAGCAUAUAAUGAUAUUAAUGAAGAUCAAAAUUUACGUGAUCAUGUUGGUUGGGUAUGGUAUCAAAAAGAAUAUAUUGUAACAAAUGAUGAUUGUAAUAAAAGAUUUUUUUUACGUUUUGGAAGUGUAAAUUAUAAUGCUGUUGUUUUUUUAAAUAAUGAACAUGUUAUGUCACAUACUGGAGGUCACCUUCCAUUUGAAAGUGAAGUAUUUUUUAUAUGUAAUAAUAUAAACAUUAUAACAGUUGCUGUUAAUAAUACUCUUAGUCAUGAUACUAUACCACCUGGAGAAUUUCAAUAUAAAUCAGGUGAUAGUUAUCCUAAAGGAUUUUUUACUACAACACCAGGUUUUGAUUUUUUUAAUUAUGCUGGAAUUUUACGUAGUGUUUAUGUUGUUAAAUUAAAUAAUUAUUUUAUUCAAAGUAUUAUAAUUGAUGCUAAUAAUAUAAAUGGUUAUUUAAAGUAUAAAAUAAAAAUUGAUAAAGGAAUAUUUGAUAAAAAAAAAUAUAAUAAAAGUAUUGAUAUAGAAAAAGAUGAAAAAUUUUCAUAUAUAUGUAAUAUAACAAUUAUUGAUGAAGAAAAUAAUAUUAUUCAUAGUGGUAUUAAUAAUUAUUAUGGUAAUAUAAAAAUUAAUCAACCAAAAUUAUGGUGGCCUCGUGGAUAUGGAAAUUCAACUUUAUAUAAAUUUAUUAUUGAUAUAAUAUCAAAAGAUAAAACAAUUAUAUAUGAUAAAUAUAUAGAAACAUUUGGUUUUAGAAAAGUUGAUUUAAAUAGUAAUUCUAUAUUAAUAAAUGAUAAAAAAUUUUAUUGUCUUGGUUUUGGUAUGCAUGAAGAUAGUGAUAUUCGAGGACGUGGUUUUGAUCGUGUUAUUAUGACAAGAGAUUUAAAUCUUUUACAAUGGAUGAAUGGUAAUUGUUAUAGAACAUCACAUUAUCCAUAUUCUGAAGAAAGAGCAUAUGAAGCAGAUAGAAGAGGAAUUGUUGUAAUAACAGAAACACCAGCAGUUGGUCUUAAAUAUUUUAGUAAAACAAAUUUAAUUGAACUUCAUCAAACUAUGAUAAAAGAAAUGAUAGCAAGAGAUAGAAAUCAUCCAUCUAUUAUUGCAUGGUCAUUAGCUAAUGAACCAUGGAGUACAACAAAUGAUAGUGCAAAAUAUUUUUAUCAAAUGUAUAAAACAGCAAAAGAAUUAGAUUCAACAAGACCAGUUACUGCUGUAUAUGGUCCAACAGGGUAUGGAAAUGAUAAAUCAGCUAAAUAUAUGGAUUUUAUAUGUGUAAAUAGAUAUUAUGGAUGGUAUAAUAAUAUGGGAUAUUUAGAAAUAAUUAAUUCAAGUCUUGUUUAUGAUCUUACUAAUUGGAAAAAAAAAUAUAAUGUUCCAUUAAUUAUAACAGAGUAUGGUGCAGAUGCUAUAAGUGGUCUAGAAUCAUUACCAUCUGUAGAUUUUACAACAAACUAUCAAAAUGAAUUAAUUAUUGAAACACAUAAAGCUUUAGAUAAUCUAUACUCUUCUAAAAUAUUAGCUGGUGAAAUGAUAUGGAAUUUUGCAGAUUUCAUGACAGCUCCAAGUGUUACAAGAGCUUAUGGAAAUCAUAAAGGUGUUUUUACCAGACAACGCCAACCAAAACUGGCUGCAUUUACAUUAAGAGAUAGAUAUAAAAAAUUAAGUAAACUAUAA